AGCAACUUCCGGGAAGGGAAUUGUUUUCAUUUUCAUUAUCUCUAAACGCAGUGACCUUAGUUUAUGCCUCACAAAUAAGAUUUCAAAACGUUUUGUUUCACCGAAUUGUCGUUGGGAUUGCUAAGCGAUUCGGAAAACUGACGCUGGUUGGGUUCUAUAACCUUCGGUGGUGCAAACUUCAACAGCUGUAAUGGCACCCCCAAGGAAGCGUGCCUUGCCCAGACCCCUCCCAGAUGACUUCAUACUGACAGACACUGAUAAAAAGAAAUGGAGGCUGGGGAAGAUCAUCGGUCAAGGAGGCUUUGGACUGAUUUAUCUGGCCUCCCAGGAUAUAAGCAGGCCUGUUGGAUCAGACACAGACUUUGUCAUAAAAGUGGAGUAUCAUGAGAAUGGCCCCUUGUUCUCUGAGCUCAAGUUCUACCAGAGAGCAGCCAAACCAGAGAGCGUGCACAAAUGGAAGAAAGGAAAGAAGCUGAGCUUUUUGGGUAUCCCGACAUACUGGGGAUCAGGACUGGCCGAAUACAAGAAUCUUCGGUACCGUUUCAUGGCCAUGGACCGGCUGGGUUGUGACCUUCAGCAAGUCUGUGAGCGCAACGGAGGUCGACUGAAGAAGAGCACUGUACUCCAGAUUGGUAAAAGACUGGUGGAUGUUCUGGAGUAUAUUCAUGAAAACGAGUAUGUCCAUGCUGACAUCAAAGCUGCCAACAUCAUGUUGGGUUACAGAGACCUGGACCAGGUUUACCUUGCAGACUAUGGACUCUCCUAUAGAUAUGCCCCUGAUGGAGUCCAUAAAGAAUACAAGGAAAACCCAAAGAAGGGCCAUAAUGGAACAAUUGAGUACACCAGCCUUGAUGCCCACAAUGGAGUUGCGCCUUCAAGACGUGGUGACCUCCAGAUCUUGGGGUUUUGUCUUCUUCACUGGUUAUGUGGGUCACUACCCUGGGACAACGUCCUCAAAAACCCCAUUCAGGUGCAAGAGGCCAAAACCAUACUGAUGGAUAAUCUUCCAGGCUCGGUUCAGCAGCUGUCAGUGAGUGGAGCCAGCACAGAUGAGCUAGCUGAGUUUCUGAUUUAUGUGAGAACUCUGGACUACGACGAUAAGCCUGACUACGAGCUUCUUAAAGAGCUGUUGCACUGUCGUGUCAAAGGAGGACUUGACCUGUCUGUGCCUGAAGGUCACCAAAGGUCAGCUGCCAAGGAGUCUUCUAAAAGAGAGAAGCAUCAGAAAGGAGGAACAGCUAGAGGGUCUUGCAGAGCCAAGCUGGAUGAUGAAGAACUGGAACGCCCAAAGUCCAAACCGGUGUCAGCGCGCCACAUACGGGGCCUACCCCCCACUAAAUCCAGUGAGAACAAAGAGGUUUCUCCUUCUAGAAAGUAUUUACUGAGGCCGAGGCUCCCAUGUAUGUAUGAAGAAAACGAAGACAGUGAGGAGGAGUAUGAGGAGGAAGAGAAGGAUGUCAGACCCAAACGUAUUUCUGCAUGCUACCUGAGAGGUCCUCCCAUUGGCCCUGCAGAUCAGCCCAAACAGAGUACUAAAUCCAAAAGACCUGACAACAAAACAGACGAGCAGACCAGGACCAUGGCGAGACGAGAACAUCAACGCAGCCUCCAUAGCGGGGAACGGUGUGACAGGGAGAGACAGAUGCAUGAUGGGGAUUACAGAGAAUGCUGGGAUGAAAGGCCGCGUCAGAAUGGAGGGCGGUACUGCGAUAUCCAUUCAAAGUACAGCCAGAUCAUGUCAGAGUGCAAACCUGCCACCGUACAGAGAAACUCCUGGAAGUCCAGGUUUGUCUGUGUGGGAUUCAUCCUGCUGGUGGGAGCUGCUUUUUUCUUCGCUGAAGUUCAAUUCAAUAGCAUAAGUGACUUAUUUAGCAGGUAGAAGGUCAUUUUCU